AAAAAUUGCAAAGAUUUUGGAGUUAUAAAUAGAAGAAUAGAAACGUUAGAGAACUCUAUACCCAAUCUUAUUGUUUCUUCAAUUAUUGAGAUUUCAAAGAUGUGGUAUGCUCCCGAUACAAUAAUAAGUAUUGUUUUAGUGUUAUUAUUAUUAUUGGGAUGGAAAUUAGCUGAUUGGAUUUGGUUCCGCCCCAAGAAAUUAGAGAAGCUUUUAAGACAGCAAGGAUUCGCCGGAAAUUCUUACCGGAUUCUCCACGGCGACUUGAAGGAGAGAGCCGCCAUGAGAGAAGAAGCAAUGUCCAAGCCCAUGAACUUCUCCAACCAUAUUGCUCCACGUGUCAUUCCCUCUAUCUAUCAUACCAUCCAACGUUAUGGCAAGAAUUCAUUUAUGUGGCUUGGUCCCAUACCAAGAGUGCACAUAAUGGACCCUGAACAACUCAAAACUGUGUUCUCAUUCUACAAUGAUUUCCAAAAGCCAACUAUGAAUCCCUUUACCAAGUUGCUUGUACAAGGAAUUGUAAAUCUUGAUGGAGAAAAAUGGGUCAAACACAGAAAGAUAAUCAACCCUGCAUUUCAUUUAGAAAAGCUCAAGGAUAUGGUACCAGCAUUCUAUCACAGUUGUAACGAGAUGGUUAGCAAGUGGGAAAGCAUGGUCUCUAAAGAGGGAUCUUGUGAGUUAGAUGUAAUGCCUUAUCUAAAAAAUAUGGCUUCUGAUGUGAUUUCUCGGACUGCAUUUGGGAGCAGCUAUGAGAAAGGAAAAAAGAUCUUCAAGCUUCAAACUGAACUAACUAAUUUUGUGAUUCAAACUACCUUAGGGAUAUAUAUUCCUGGAUGGAGAUUUCUACCCACAAAGUUAAACAGAAAAAUGAAAGAGAUAAGCAAAGAGAUAACAACUUUGAUAUUGGGUAUUAUGGAUGAAAGAGAAAAGUCUAUGAAAGCAGGUGAAGCAAUACAAACUGAUCUAUUAAGCAUUCUCAUGGAAUCCAAUAUGAAUGAAAUUAAACAACAUGGAAACAAAAAAGACAUUGGAAUGAGCAUAGAAGAUGUUAUUGAAGAAUGCAAGCUUUUCUAUAUUGCUGGCCAAGAAACUACAGCAACAUUACUAGUCUGGACGAUGAUAUUGUUGAGUUCAUACUCAGAAUGGCAAGAGCGUGCAAGAGCAGAAGUCUUUGAGAUCUUUGGUAACAAGCAACCAAAUUAUGAUGGUUUAAAUAGACUAAAAGUUGUAACUAUGAUCUUCAAUGAGGUCCUCAGGUUAUACCCACCAGGGAGUCUGUUUGUUCGCAUUGUUAGGAAAGAAACAAGACUUGGAAAUUUGACUUUACCAGGAGGAGUAAUGUUAGGCUUACCAAUUGUUCUUAUCCAACGUGACCCUGAGUUAUGGGGAGAAGAUGCACAUGAAUUCAAUCCAGAGAGAUUUUCUGGAGGAGUUUCUAAAGCAACAAAAAAUCCAAGUGCUUUUAUACCAUUUGGAUGGGGUCCUAGAAUAUGCAUAGGACAAACCUUUGCUAUGAUUGAAGCAAAAAUGGCAUUAUCAAUGAUUCUACAACGUUUCUCAUUUGAGCUUUCGCCAUCGUACACACACUCUCCCAUUGCCAGUUUAACAACACAACCUCAACAUGGAGCUCAUAUCAUACUACACAAACUCUAGCUACCCUCUUAAAAUAUAUAUUAUUAGCUUGCAAAUUAUAAAAAGGCUAGGAAAGUACUCUGCUGCUUUGUCUAUGUAUAAUUUCAAAUCCUUUGUGAAAAAGAUACCUACACAAGGAAUUGAUAUCCUUUCAACUAGACACCUUUUCACUGCUACCCAGCACCUAAAUAAUAAACAGUUUUCAGGCUUGGGAUGUGAUUAAUGCUUGUUAUUGCACCAUUUUCUACUAAUAUUCACAAACUUUUCACCA